UCACACAGAGAAAUUGAUUUGAAUAACGCUGGGACUGGGCGAGUAAAAGCGCGAGCUUCUCUUCCAUUCUUGCAGAACUUCUCUCCCACGCCGUCGUCUCGACUCUCGCCCUCGUCUUCUCUAUCGCCCUCGUCUUCACUGUUGUCGUCUGUUACUAUUGAAGAAGGAAUCAUGGCGGACGAAGUUCAGAAUGACGUGAACGAACAGGUGGCAGAUAUUGCCCCCUUUGAUCCAACUAAGAAGAAGAAGAAGAAGAAGGUUGUGCUUCAGGAUCCGGCUGAUGAGUCUGUUGACAAGUUAGCAGAGAAAACCGAAAGCUUGUCAGUUUCUGAAGGACUCGAGACUACGACCUUUUCUGGACUUAAAAAGAAGAAGAAAAAACCAGUAGAGGCCAGCUCAUUGAAUGAUGAUGGUGUAGAUGCCACAGAGGAUUUGGAUGAUCAAGUGGGGGAGAAUGAAGAACGAGAGCGUAUUGUUCUACAAUAUCGUUUUCCUUGGGAGGGAAGUGAUCGUGAUUAUGAAUAUGAGGAGCUUCUUGGACGGGUAUUCAACAUUCUUAGAGAAAAUAAUCCGGAACUUGCCGGGGAUAGGCGUAGAACAGUUAUGAGGCCCCCACAAGUUCUUCGUGAGGGCACAAAGAAAACUGUUUUUGUCAAUUUCAUGGAUCUAUGUAAAACGAUGCAUCGGCAGCCAGACCAUGUCAUGGCUUUCUUAUUGGCUGAACUGGGAACCAGUGGAUCUCUUGAUGGACAGCAGAGAUUAGUAGUUAAAGGAAGGUUUGCACCAAAGAACUUUGAAGGAAUUCUGCGUCGAUAUGUCAAUGAAUAUGUGAUUUGUAUUGGGUGCAAAAGUCCAGACACUAUCCUUUCAAAGGAAAAUCGACUCUUCUUUCUCAGAUGUGAGAAGUGUGGUUCUGGACGAUCGGUUGCUCCAAUUAAAGCUGGCUUUGUUGCUCGUGUUGGCCGGAGGAAUGCUGGAACAUGAUUUUUACUCUGUCCUCUAUAUUGAAGCUCAGAUGUUUUUGAGUAAUAGCCUCUUUUUCAGAUGUUUUUGAGUAAUAGCCUCUUUUUAAAACUUGGUUUACUAUUUGAAUGAGACCGUAAGUGAAUUUUGAAGUGAAUGUGAUGUAAUUGGCGGUUCUAGAAUUUCAAGUUUAUGAUUGAGUUAUUAUGUUUUUACUCUCUAU